AUGAUGCUGUCAUUAAAUGAUUUGGGUAUGGCUCAAGUGAUAUGGAAUUCUGAUAUUGAUGUAUACAAUAAAGAUGUAAUACCAACACUGAUAGCUAAAAAUAUUGCCAAUUAUUUACCAAUAAGAGAUUUAUUAUCAUUUGGAUUAAUUUCAAAAAAUACUUAUGAAGCAGUAAAUGAUCCUAAAAUUUGGAUAUCUUUCUUGAAAAUUAUGGAUGUUUGGAAUAAAGCAAUUCCUAUAACAAAAGAUGAAAUUAGACAAAAUCCUAAAAUGCCAUAUUUAGAAAAUCCAUUAACAUGUUUAGAUUAUAUAUUUAGAUCAUCUAAAAAUGCUAAAUAUCAAACAUUAAAAAUUCAUAAAUGUUUAUCUAAAUAUUAUUAUGAGCUACUAAUAAAUAAAGGGUAUGAUAAAUUAAGAAUUUUUAAAGAUUUUCAAACUCCUGAAGAACAAGCUAAAAUACUAUCGAAUUUGUUAGCAUAUAAUAAAAUUGAUUUCAUAGAAGAAUCUAGAGUACUAGCUCAUGAUAAAUUAUUUGAAUUAUUUGAAAUUUUUGAAAAUGCAUUAUUAAGAGAAUUAGAAAUUCAUUUUGAUAUUGAAGAUUAUGAAAAAACAAGACAAUUUGUUUUAAUUUUAAUAUCUUUAAAAAAUCAACAAACAUUAAUUGAUUUUUUUUUACAAAAAAGUAUAUUUGAUGAAGAUAAGGAAAUUUUUGAAUUAAGUCAAUCAACUAUUGAAAAUUUAUUUGUGGACAAUCAAUUGAAUGAGGAUGAAUUUAAUAAAUUAAUUACUAAUAUUGCCAAUGUAUUUAAUGAACAAUCGAAAAUUAUUGAUAAAAUCUUCCCACAAUCUGUUCCAAUGAUGUAUAAAGUUUGUGAAGAAUUGAUUUCAAAUCAAUUAAAUGAAUUAAUAAUGGUAAUUACUGAAUCUUCUAAAAAAUAUGGAUUGUAUUUAAAAGUUAUUCCAUAUAUUUAUAAUGAAUUAUCAAACACCCUAGUAUCUCAAUUAAAACCAUCAAAAAACAUUGGUGAAUCAUAUAAACAAUUAGUUUCAGAAUUAAUAGAUAUGCUGUUUGAAUCAUUUGCAGCUGAAUAUCUGAGAGAUGAAACUGCUCAGUUUAGAAAUUUAGCAAAAGAUAAAUUAAUUGAAUGGAAUCAACAAAUUUCUCAAAAGGAAGCAGAAACAUCACUGAAAAUUUUAGAAAGUAUUAAAAUUGAAUCCAAAAAUGAUUUUUUAACAAGUUUUAAAAAUGUAUUCACAUUAAAUAGUUCCAAGGAAAAUUCUACAAAAGAAAAUUCAGAAAUGCUUGCAAAAGCUAAAAUAUUAUCAGAAAAUAUUAAAUCAUUAGAUAAAAUUUUUAGUCCAGAAGUUGUUGUAGAUUUAUUAAAUAAUGCAAAAUCUUCAAUAAGUAGAUUAUUAAUUUUUAAAGAAUUUUCAAUUUCUUCAUUACGUGGAGAUAUUUAUCAAUCCAUACAAGACAUAUUUAUGGAUGUUAUGGAUAUUAUAGGUUUAGAACAUUUAAGACCUGGAUUUGAUAAAGCUUUAACAUAUUUACAAACUUAUAACCCCAACUCAUCAACUUAUACAACUCAACAUAAUGAAAAAUUUGCUGAACCAAUUGUAUUAUUUUUUGAUUUAAUUAAUAUGGCAGAUAUUAUAAUUCAAAUGAUUGAUAUUUUUUAUAAAGAAGAAAUUUUAAAUAAACAAAUUAUAAAACAUGAAAAUAGUAUAUUAAAUCCUUCUUUACAAAGUAAAAAAAAAUUAGAAGCUUUAGUUGAUAAAAAUGUUGCUGAUGGUUUAAAUAUUGGAAUUGAAUUAUUAGUUCAUCAAAUUGAAAAUACUUUUAAAGAAUAUUUAUUAGAUAGUGAUUAUAAUCCUAAUGAUGAUACUCCAAGUGGAUUUGGUACAACUGAUGCAGCAAGAAGAGCUACUAAAAUUUUAGAAGAAAAUAUGGAUUUAUUAGUUGAUAGUGCAGAUAAAUCAGUUGUUGAUGUUUUUCAACAAGAAAUAGCAGAAAGAUUUUUUCAAGUUAUUGUAAAAAUUUUGAAAAAACGAACAAUAUCAGUUGCUGGAGCAACAAAUUUAAUAUCAGAUUUAAAUUUAUAUUAUGAUUUUAUUGUUGAACAUAUAAAAACCAACAAGAGAUUAGUUGUACCAUUAUAUCAAGCUUUAAAAAAAAUUGGAAAUUUAUAUUUAAUAAGUGGUGAUGAUUCAAAAUCAAUUGGAAAAUUAGUAAGUGAUUUAUCAAAAUUUAAUGGAAUUUUUGGACAAGAAGAAAUUUAUGAAUUUGUUCAAAGAAGAAAAGAUUGGCCUUUAAUUCGAAAACAUGUUGAAAAAGUUAUGUAUGGAUUUGGUUUAGGAGAUUGUAAAUUAGUGUAA